AUGACUAACUGCAAGUCCCAGAUCAAUUUUUGUGGUGGUUCCAACCAAAAUCGGUGCGUGGCGCGACAUCUCUGCAGGAUUGGGUUAGAAAGCGGAACACCCAUUACAGAUUGGCGUGUUCUACAAGGUGGCGACUCUGGGUGUGUUUCUAAUGAAAUCUGCUGUCCCAAAACGGAAAUGGUAAACAAUCGGAAGCCAACGAACACCCAAUCGAUUACACGCCAAUGUGGCCACAUAAACAGCCAAGGACCGAUCCUUACUAUAAAUAAUUUGAAGGACACUACCCAGGAGGGAGAACUUCCAUGGAUGAUUGCCCUCCUGGAUGCCUCAAAUUUCCAAUAUGUGGCUAGUGGAUCCCUUAUUUCCGCGAACGUAGUCCUCACUUCCUCUAGUGUCAUCGAAAUAUUUAAUGAGAAUGAGCUAAUUGUCCGUGCUGGAGAAUGGGAUUUUCAUUCCAAUCAGGAGCAGGGAAGACAUGAAGAUGUUGCCGUCAGGCAGAUCGUGCGGCACUCCAGUUUCUUCUAUGAAACAGGGGCUAACAAUAUUGCCCUUGUGUUUCUCGCAAGACCACUUGUUCUAACUGACCAUAUUAAUCUAAUAUGUCUGCCAUCGGCGAAUCGGAACUUUAUCUGGAACCGAUGCAUUGUCAGUGGCUGGGGUAAAAAGAACAUCAACGACCACAGUUAUGUGAAUAUUCUGAAGAAGAUCGAGGUGCCCGUAAUGGAUAGACUAACGUGCCAGGAGGAAAUUCAAAGUUUUUAUAAUUUACCCUUUUUUCUCGAUAAAAGUUUAAUGUGCGCAGGCGGCGAGAUAGGCAAGGACAGUUGCAAAGGCGACGGUGGAGCACCACUUGCCUGUCCGCUCCAAAGCGAUCCCAGUCGGUACGAACAGGUGGGCAUUGUCAAUUUUGGAGACGGUUGCGGAAAACCUAUCCCAGCUGUCUACACGGAUGUUUCAAAAAUGCGUCCCUGGAUCGACUUUCACAUGAAAUGGAUGAAGGAUGCGGAGCCUUUCGAUCCCGCUGUUUUCCCAAUGCCGCGCCACGACUCCACCCCUAACAUUAUCCUCAUCGAGCCCCUGCUGAGCUGCAAUGCUGGACGAGAUGAGGCGCCAUGGAAUAUGAGACUGUACGGAAGGACCCUCUCAUUCCCACUUUUGCCCGCUUGGCAGACUUUACAAGGUCUGUAA